AGCGAAAAAAUCAAAUUCGCUUAAACUUUUUUCCCAGACUGUAUAUAUAUAUAUCCGAUCAAGCUUUUAUAUAAAUUACAAACGAACAAAUAAUCAACAAUUAUGGGUAAGUUUUUGCUGAGAAAAUAAACUAACUGUUUAUAUUUAUAUUCUGAUUAGAUUUCAUAAGCAAUCAACUUGAAAAAAGGGCGGAAAAACAAACUGGUUUGGAUCUUAAUGAUGAUGGAUAUGUUGGAGGACAAGGUAUAGAGGGUAAAAUAGAAGGGGCAACUCAUAUUGAUCUUAAUCGUGAUAACAUCAUUGGUCGUCCUCUAGACCGUAUUCCUGGUGAUGGUGUACUUUAA